UUAUUUUCGAUUUAAAGAAAAUGCGCUUUUUCGUUUUCUUUUUGUCCGUUUUGGUUGCCAUUAUUCAAGGUAAUGCGCAAUACCAGGCGUAUUACCGCGAUGCUUUGUAUCCAUAUCCGUAUCCGGAUCAUCAGGUUCCUGUUAUCCCGUCCCCUGAUCAGGAAAAUCGGAUCUUCUUCAACCAGAUUUUUAAUGCCAUCACUUCUUUCUACACGUCGACGACAACGACGACAUCCACUUCCACAACCACCUGUACCGUGUCGACUAACUUUGUUUGCCCUGGCCGUCGCAAGAGAUUCAUAGUAGGAGAGCAUGACGACGUCAUUGAACCUUCGCUAGUAAACGAAGUUGAAACUACUCAAGCUGCCGAUAUGGAAACACUUGUCAGGACCGAACGCAAAGCUGACCCUCAAUUUCUAUUUUGGCGUGUCGAUUCUGAGUACCCUGGUUACGAACUCCAAUCGACAUUUGGCCCAGGUCCUUACCCUGCGAACUAUUAUCCUUACAUGCGCCCGCCGGUCGUGGCAGCUGAUUCGCGUUUGUUUAUUCUUCGAGUCACGACAGUGACCAGCAGUACGACUACCACGUCUAGGUCGACGCCAGGUUGUUCUUCAGCAAGUAAUUUCAAUCAGUGCUAAGCCACAGUUGUCAUCCCCAUUUCGACCCCGAUUUAAUUAACGGAGAAACAAAAAUGCGAACG